AUGGAAAGAAAUUCACAACAAUAAUUGUAUUAAGGAGGUGGGAUUAUGUGUAACAUUUCUCUCUGCUUUUAAGUCCUUUGAAUCUAGUUCAAUAAAUAUGUGGUGAGGGCUUGCUACAGGUCAUGCAUUGUGCCAGGUCCUGUUGUUAUGUGCCAUUGAUUUGAUUCUUGCUCAUAGCGACUCUAUACAACAGAGUAGAACUGCCCCAUAGGGCUUUUUAGGCUGUAGCCUUUUGGGGAGCAUAUCACCAGGUCUUUUCUCUCUCAGAACUACUGACUGGGUGGGUUCGAACUGCUGACUUUUUGGUUAGCAGUCAAGUGCUUAACCAUUGUGCCACCAGGACUCCUUUGCCAGGUUCUAACCCAAAACCCCAGGUUCUAGAGAUACUGAAAAAAUCAACAGUGCUGGCUUGCAGUCUACAAGAGAGAGCACUGUGGGAUGUGGAAUAUGUGCUGGAUGGAUGUUGAGGACAGGUUGCUUCCUGGAACAUCUAACCCCGAUGAGGUGGGGGAGGGCUCCCUUGAGGGAGGGAUGUUUGGAAUGUGGUCUUCUUGCUUUCUCAUUAAGAAUAACAAUAAUGUGUUUAAGGCCUCCCUCAAAGAUGCUGGGCAUCCCAUCUGCAUCAGGAACCCUGAGGGAGAGGAAUGUGGAGAAUUCAGAGUCUACAGAGUAUGGGCGGUGGGUGGGCUGAUCUUUGGACUCAUUCACGAGAGACAAGAAUCAGGCCCGAAGCAGUCUGGGAUGAGGUUGGAGUUAGAUUGCAAAAAAAUCUCUAGGUGGUACAUGGAGGGACCUGAUAGACUAGUCAGAGGGCAGAAGAGGAUAGAGGGGGCCAGGUUGCCAUCACUGGUUAUGUGCACAGGUCCUGGGGGACACCACAGCUGCCCUGGCCCAGGCCAUGCACGGUCCUGAGUGAUUUGCUGCUGCUGCAGCCUCACAUCCUCAUCUGGUUUGCCAAACUGAGCAAGGCCCCUGGAGCCAGUCCCAAUCUGUUUCCUUCUAUUCUUUGACAGGAAGCUCCUGGAGAGCCAGCCCCCAACCCCCACCCUGCCCCAGCACUCCCUCUCUCUUCUCCACUAUGGACAGAGCCUCUGCCGAGCGGCUGCCUGCCCACCACAUACCCAGCUGACAUGGGGACCGUUGGAGCAACGCAGCUGUGCUGGGCGAUCCUGGGCUUCCUUCUACUCCAAGGAGACUUCAGCAGUCUAAGUCUGACCUUAAAGUCAACGUCUUCCAACACAGGAGAUGUCCCUCACUCAGAGCCUAACAGGACAAGUCCUUUGUCCAGCACUGGUACCCCAGCACCUCCAAAGAAGGCCUCACAGGUCCUCAUCGUAACGCAUGAACGCACCACACCAGGGUCAAGCACAAUGGAUGGUCAUUCCUCAUCCUCACUGGGCCUGCCUCGGUCCCAGCCACAGAAGCAUACCUCAGUACUUGGUGCCCCACACAGCAGCAGAAGCAGCGGCAGCCCAAGUGGAGAUACAUUCUAUAACAUUACCCCUAAAUCGACCGCCAUGAGCUUGAGGACAGGGGAAUAUUUGACCAUCCUGCCUAGCCCCACGUCAGAGUCAGUGCUCACUGUGGCUGCAUUUGGUGUUAUCAGCUUUAUUGUCAUCCUGGUGGUUGUGGUGAUCGUCCUAGUCAGUGUGGUCAGUCUAAGGUUUAAAUGUCGGAAAAACAAGGAGUCUGAAGAUCCCCAGAAACCAGGGAGUUCGGGGAUAUCUGAAAGCUGCUCCACAGCCAAUGGUGAGAAAGACAGCAUCACCCUCAUCUCCAUGAAGAAUAUCAACACGAAUAACAGCAAAAGAUGGUCCUCAGCAGAGAAGGUUCUGUAAAGGCAACAUGGGGGCCCCGUGGGCCUAAGGAUGAUGCAGCUGUCCUGUGACUGUGAGGAGGAAGUGAUGGGAUUGGUAGGGAUGAUGAACUACAUAAAUAAAUUAUUUUAUUGUUUCACAUCUAUUCCCAGAUCUAAAGGAUACUAGCAUUCCUCCAGAUCUAGGAGUAAGCUACCAAUACAAGAGACUCUUUCCCAUUUGGAUAGCCAUUCUAGAAACACAGCCUGCUCCUCCCAUCUUCUCAGAGUCAUAGGAAAGAGCAAGAGUGAGGAAAAUGAUGAGGUGGAUUGGUCUUUUUCUACUUUACAUUAAAAUUAUUUUCUGGCCUAUAGUCUAACUUCUUUUAAGGUUUCUGCUCCCAUCAAUAUUUCUUUACUGAGUGUUCUAGCAGCUUCAGAAUCUCUUUUCUUAGGCCAGGAAUGCAUGCAAGGUUCUGUCCCUGUGGGGAGCUCUCUGACAAACCUGGGAGAUGGAGAGAACUUUUUGUCAGGUAUGCCUCGGCUCACUUGGCUUAUUAAGUAGGGUUGAGGUGACUGACUAAGCACCCCAAUAGAGAAGAAAGAAAGUAGAAUAUAACCCAUCACUAGUAAAGAAGUGUCACAUCUGGAGAGAGAGAACAUGGGAGGCACAAAGCAUUUCAACUAGGAAAUUCCAGUGGUGAGAGCUAAAUAACAUGAAGGCAGCUGUCCUCUGCCUGUCCCAGGGUAGACAUACGUCACUUUGGCCCUAGCUGUGGGAAUAUCACUGGGCCGGUUUGGAAUGAGGUUAGGUCUGUGACUCCAUAAACAGAAAACCCACCCACUUUAUCCCAUACAACUGUGUCCUAGAAAAAGAAUUAAAAAAUCACAUAAAUACUGUGAAGUUAUUUAACGAGAAAAAGAAAGGCAGUAUCUUUUCUUAGUAAUAGGCAUCUUUGUCACGAUACUGGUUUAGAAAUGAAUCUUGGUUGGGUAGAAUCAAUGGAAGAGUCUUCUGUGUAUGUCUGCAGAGAUUGUUUAACACUAUAAGUAUCUACUAGCCAGCAGUUUGGAAGACGCAGAGAACACCAUUCCUGAUCUCUGAGAUUUCUCAUUCUCAAGGAAUGAUACGCUAUUUUCUUCUGGAUUUAGACUUUGCAAAGUGAUAUGAGAAAGCCUAGAAUAAAAAGUUUCACUAUCCAUCUGUCUCAUUAAAACUAUUAAAGUGAGACUGAAGAAACCUACUGGAUUCUAAAAUAAUCUAAGGCAGGGCCUGUAACCCACUCAUGUUUGUAACUCCAACACAUCGUAGGUAAUGAAAAUAGGUUCUUGGGUGAAGGAAACUUGGCCAUGAGGCUGGGCUCGUCCACAGAUUUGCAGCUUAACGUUGACCAAAUCACCUCCCUUCUCUGAGCCUGUUUCCUUACUUUUAAAGUGAGGUGGAUGAAUUACUUGGCCUUUAUUAUCUUUUCUAAUUCUUGUAUUCCACAGUUCUAUAAACUCUAGAUGUAGAAAAAAAUGAACACAAUCUGUUGAGUAGAAAUCACUGGGUAGGAACCAGAGGCAAAGGUUACGUGUCUCUGGGCAAGUCUUUGACAUUCUCUGGGAUAGUCUUUGACAUUCCCAUGUAUUAAUAGGGAAGAGUGAUCUAUACUGGUUCUGUCUACCUCACAGGCUACGGGGUAGGUAAAAUGGAAUAAUAAAUAUGGAAAUAAAAAUAUUAGUUUGCAACUGAAGCAGACAGUGUGGAGCACUGCCAAGAUCCUACUUCAGGUUUAAGGCAUUUGUUCCCCAGCUGCUGGGAGUGUUGACCGAGGGCUCACAGCUGGUUGAUGACUGGUUGAUAAGGGUGGCAGUGGGGAUGAAGCCUGGGACCCGUUGCCUCAAUUUCUUCCUCUACCCAAUCCUGCUUCCCUUGCCCCUCAUAGCUAUUGUUCCCAGAAGUACUCAUCAUUAAACCUU